CCACUUUUGUCUUCUUUCUCUCUCUCUCCUCCCACUUCCCCCACCUUCCACACAUAUAUUUCCAUCCCUUCUCUCUCUCUCCCUCACACUUUUAAUCAAUCCCUCUCUCUGCCUCUCUUUUCUUUCUAUUUUCUCUCUUAUCCAAAAUCCACAUCAAGGCGAUAGAGCUAGCAACUUAUCCACACCCCUCUCUCUCUCUCUCUCUCUACAGAGGCUAAUGGGAAGAUCACCUUGCUGUGAGAAAGCUCACACAAACAAAGGUGCGUGGACCAAGGACGAGGACACGCGCCUCAUCAACUACAUCAGGGAUCACGGCGAGGGCAGCUGGCGCUCCCUCCCCAAAUCCGCCGGAUUGCUUCGAUGUGGGAAGAGUUGCAGACUGCGGUGGAUAAAUUAUCUGAGGCCUGAUCUGAAGAGGGGUAAUUUCACUGAAGAAGAAGACGAGCUCAUUAUUAAGCUUCACAGCUUACUCGGUAACAAGUGGUCAUUGAUAGCGGGAAGAUUACCAGGUAGAACCGACAACGAGAUAAAAAACUACUGGAACACACACAUCAAGCGGAAACUUAUCACGCGCGGCCUCGACCCCCAAACUCACCGCCCACUCAAGGCCGUCACCAAUUCCCAAUUCGACUACAAAACCACUUCUCAACCUCCUUCACCCCAAACCGACGUCGUUUUAACCGGCCAACUCGCAUCGAAUCAGCUCAGAACAACGGCCGCGGCGGCGGACUCGGUCGACUGCAGCAGCGGCACCACCGUGGAGACUCAGCCCCAACCAAUUCCGCAGCCGCCGAUUCAAACGGAUCGAAUCUGCGAAUCGAUCGACCUGGAGCUGUCGAUCGGACUCGUCCCGUUCCAGUCUCGAUCACCGGGUAGUUUUUCGGCAAACUCGGCCGAGUCGAAGUUGGAGAGGAGGGAGGCGGCGGCGGCGGCGGCGGCGGCGGCGUGUUUGUGCUGGCAGUUGGGGUCUCGAGGGGGUCAAUUGUGUAGUAAUUGCGAGAGCAGUAAUUCUAAUAGGUUUUUAUUAUACUAGGUGAAUUUAAUGGGCGUUGGAUAAUAGGCAAGAGAUGUAGAUUUACGUACGUUUACAGUUUGGUAGAUAUUUAAUGCCUCGCUACCAACUUGCUCUGCUUCCCUUUGUAAUUUCUGUUUUAUUGGAACUGGAAUAUAUUUCGCAGCAUUUAUAAGAAAAGCAAUUUACAGUCC